CUGCCAGGGACAGCAAAGAGCUGCAACGUUUAGUGAGUUGAACUGCAGUGCUUGAGUUCACUGCUCACUCUGCCACGACCGACCUCUGUUGUAAAUUUUCCUCCCUGAACACGUGACGAUGCAUUUCUAGACUAUAUAUCCCAGCUGCAGCAGCGGAGCUGUCAGAGCGCAGAGCCGGACGCAGGAGAAGAAGUCUCUUGGACUCCACGACUUAGGAAUUCAGGACUCGGGACAAAUUGUCAGCCUUUGCCCUGCAGCGGGCAGCGCUUCGAUGCUGAAGAUGGAGCCACUGAACAGCACGCACCCCGGCACCGCCGCCUCCAGCAGCCCCCUGGAGUCCCACGCGCCCGGCGGCGGCAGCAACGGCAACGAAUACUUCUACGUUCUGGUUGUCAUGUCCUUCUACGGCAUUUUCUUGAUUGGAAUCAUGCUGGGCUACAUGAAAUCCAAGAGGCGGGAGAAGAAGUCCAGCCUCCUGCUGUUGUACAAAGACGAGGAGCGGCUCUGGGGGGAGGCCAUGAAGCCGCUGCCCACGGUGUCGGGCCUGAGGUCGGUGCAGGUGCCCAUGAUGCUCAACAUGCUGCAGGAGAGCGUGGCGCCCGCGCUGUCCUGCACCCUCUGCUCCAUGGAAGGGGACAGCGUGAGCUCCGAGUCCUCCUCCCCCGACGUGCACCUCACCAUCCAAGAGGAGGGGGCGGACGAUGAGCUGGGGGAGACUUCCGAGACGCCCCUCAACGAAAGCAGCGAGGGGUCCUCGGAGAACAUCCACCAGAAUUCCUAGCACCCCCGGGGCCUCCGGAGGCGGCUCCGUUAGCCAGCACCCUUAGAGAGAGGAAGGACAUUUUUCAAGUGUCUGGUUUCACUUUUGCAGUGCAGCUGCCACUUUGAAGAGACCCUCGGCGAGUCCCCGAGUCGGGGUGGGGAGGGGACAAGGCUCACCCGAGCCGGCAGCAGCGAGGAGGCCACGACGUGCCAGCGGUUUGGACCCGCCGCUGAAAAAGCCCCGAAGACGAGAGCAGUGUAGACACUGACUUUGGGGCCAGGGUCGUGGGGUUCCUGUUCGGAAUUUGGUCGGAUGAUGUGCUUGUCAUUUUCUCACUGGACGCCCUGGGUAACUCGGGCAGCACCUGCCCGUUCCCAGGGCUGUCACAUGCCUGGGGCGCGCUGAGGGGCUAGUUUUGAUUUGCUAAUUUGCCUAGAGCUUUGUUCUUCCAGAUCUGGUUGGUUGUAAGUACCUCUGCUGUGUACCUGGGGCAUUACUUCACAGCUGGUUACAAGCUUCUUUUGGAUUAGAGGGGGACAUUUGAUGGAGGAUUUUUGAUGGGAGAAAGCUGGAGUUCUGAACCAGCCCAUUUGCACACUGUAAAAAAAAAAAAAAGCAGCUUUUAAACUGGUUAACGUUGGCUGGGGUCAUAAGAGAUGAUCUGCUAUUUUGACCUUUUGUCUAACCUAUGACUUUGAACUCUCUGACCUGUGACCCUGCAGCAUGGCAUGCUGGCAUGAUGUUCUUUGGAUCCGAAGAGUUUCCCCAGAAUCUAACCUGCACUCUGAAUAGCGGUGCAGGCGACUCUUCCUGAUCCUUCCAGAAGGAGUAGUGGUGGGGUUGAACAAGGCCAAGCCGCUAGCUCCGCUGCUGCCGACUUUCCCAGCCUAGUUUUCUGAGCGAGGAGAGGACAUAAUGUGGUAUUUCGUCACGUAGCUGAGACCUAGAAGGGCAUACUCAGGCGGAGAUUGCACAAAGCUGGGGUCCAAGUUCUGUGCUUCCUGAGCCCGAGCCGGGACACGCAUUUGCUGUGUGGUCCUGGGCGUGUGAUCAGGAGCUCCCUGCCUUCAUGAGACUCCCUACCGUCUCCAUCCCCAGGGGGCUGGGAGGAUGUCUUUAGAUUUCAGGACUCUGUGAUAAAUCCUGCAUGGCCUGGUGUGAGGAAGCUUGGACCAGAUACUCCCCCUUUGGUCAGUCUGAAAAAGGAUCUGCCGAUUUAAAGGAGCAGCUGGAGAGUCAGCACACAUGUAACUGGGGAACGCAGGGCGGACCACCAACCAACUCCUGCUGUGGCUUCCCCAGGAUUGAGCCAAAAAGGCAGCACCCCGUUUGCCUCUGCAAAAUUCUCUGGUUGGUGGGAUGUUAACACUCCCGGCUGAGGGAAAGAGAUGUCUAAAAGAAAACACUCAGGAAUGCUUGCCAAUGUCUCCAUGUAUUCCUGUGGUCAAUAGCUUUACAGCAGAUCCGUUAGGCCCUUGAAGACGAGGAAAUGAAAGGUCAACUUUAAUUCUAUUAAUUUUUUUUUUCUUUUUUAAAGAAAAACAUACUCUGUAUGGAUUGGAGACGCAGCAGUAACUAUUGUUCCCACGGAAGGGUUAACAGUGUAGGAGCUGGUUUAUCAGUCUGCGUUGACACAGAGCCAGGGGAAAUUUAUGUUGGGGGGAAAAGAGCCCUUCGUUCACUUUAAAAUUCAGAGUGUGGAUUUACUCCAAAGGGGGCUGUUUAAGUUGAAAGAAGCCAAGUUAAGUUUGGCCCCUUGCCUGGAAUCACUUGAAUUCUGAAACUUCACUGCGACGGACGUGUGCCUUGUCACAUUUUCCAUUGCUUAAUUCUGAAGUUUGGUGCAAGUCUAUCUGCGCCUAUUAAAAAGUGAUGUAUAUACUUCCUUCUUAUUCUAUUGAGUUGUAUAGAAUUGUCUUUUCAUAUUUAACAGUUUGUAAUUUUCACAACAUUUUUUAAUUUAAAUAAAUAAACACAUUUUCCCUGGGAAAUCAUGA